AAGCUGAAGGAAGUAAUAUAAUGACGUAUAGAAUCGUAGUUAUGCACAAAUGAUGAUUGGAGCGCCGUUAUCAUACAAGAUUUGAUAAAAAAAAGAUGUCGGACACCGAAUCAUAUCCCUCUGGCAGCGACGAUGAACUUAACACUAGUGACUUCAAUCUGGAAUAUACAGAUGAGGAGGGUCCACCUGCUGGCACUUCAGGGGAGACAACUGUCACACUUCUUGUCGAUGGAGUAUUGAUCCGAGUUGUCAAAGGAAAUAUCGCUGAAGAAACUGUGGAUGUGAUUGUGAAUAGUACAUCAACUGACCUUGACCUAAAAAAAGGGACCGCUUCUCGCAUCCUUCUGAAGGCGUCUGGGGACAGUCUGCAGACAGAUUGUCGGCAGAAAUAUCCCAAUGGCAUAACUGUUGGUGACGUAGCUAUAACAGAGGCAGGCAACCUGCCUUGUGACCAUGUUUACCACGGCUCUCUUGUCAAGUGGGGCACAGAUAAUGCUGCGAAGGUACAUACAGACUUCGUUACAAAGUGUCUUGAGAUGGCCAGUGACGAUGACCUGACAUCCAUUGCUAUGCCCGGUCUGACCACAGGCUUUCUCGCCUUUCCCAAGGACAUUGCAGCCAAAAAUGCUUGUGAGGAAGUGCGGAAGUUCAUCGAGUCACAUCAGGACACAUCCCUCAGAGACAUCCGAAUUGUUAUCUACGAAAAGGACAGAGCGACUUUGAAGGCUUUCAGCAGUGAAGUGAAGGCAUGGAAGGACAGGAUAGACAAAUUUGUACCUGUCCGAGACAUCUGUAGUUCUACUGUCGGAGGCAUGACUGUCCGCGUGGUGGUAGACAAAAUGGAGGACCAGAAGGUCGAUGUGAUAGUAAACAGUGCCAACAAAGAACUGAAGCUUGACAAGGGAACCUUGUCUAAUACCCUCAACAGGGUGGCUGGUCCUGCCCUCCAACAGUCGUGCUCCACCCUCUAUCCCCAAGGGAUCACGCCCAAGGGUGUCGCCUUCACGGAUGCUGGCAACCUCUCCUGCAAAAAAGUCUACCAUGUUUGUAUGUGUGACUUUGAUCGCAGCAAUGAAGAUGAGUCAUCUAGGGUGAUCAUAGAUCUGGUGUGUAAGUGCUUAGAAGAGAUGGAUUCUCAUGGAUUAACUUCCAUAUCUUUUCCUGCACUUGGAACAAGAUUUAGGAAAUAUCCUUCAAAACUUUCAGCUAAGGCAAUGUUUGAAGCUUUUGAAGAGUUUUGGAGCAGUCGGAACACUUCCUCUGUAACAGAUGUCAGGAUCGUUAUCUAUGGUAAUGACCAACAUACUGUUGGAAAAGCGUUUGAGAAACAGACAACCGGUGCUAUAUCUGCUGUACCUUGUCCGCAGUUGUCGAAACAUGCAAGAGGCACCAAGUCUUUCUGCCUUCAUGUUUAUGAGCAAAGUCUGCGGGCCCCCCGUUAUUGGAGUCACUUUAAGUCCUCAAAAACGGUGAAGAAAUGGAAAGUGUCUCCUCCAAAUGGGGAACUCCAUCGCCUUGUGCCGGUUUCUCAGGAGGAGAAGAAAGCAGUGGAAAGUCUUAUAGAAAACACAUGGGAGACAAACAAGAUUGGACACGGCCGUGAUGCUGUGGGACUCGGAGGGUUUACCUCUCUGAAGGUGACUAACAUUCAGAGACUGGAGAACAUAGACUUGUUUGAGAAGUAUGGAAACGCUAGAGCUACAUUAUUCCACAAAGCUGGUUCUAUCGGAGUGUUUGAUCAUCUUGAGGCGAUCUCUGGGUCAAAGGGUGCUAUAAAAACAGCUAACAUGACUGACCAAACUUUACAACGUGACACUUUUCCGGAGGUCAACGAGUAUUACUUUUUCCACGGAACUAAGCCGGAUAUCCUGGAAUCCAUACUGAAGCAAGGAAUGGACGUCCGAAUGUCAGGGGACAAAGCGAUGUUCGGUCAAGGAAUGUACUUCGCUGAGAGUUCUACUAAGGCUGACCAAUAUGCUGAUCCCAGGGGGCAAAGAAGUCAAAAUGAGAAGACAAUGCUGCUAGCAAGAGUGUGUCUGGGAAAAAUUUGUCUGGUGUCACAGUCAGCCCACACUCUGAAGAGGCCGCCAUGUUUUGUUGCGGGCUGCAACAAGGAUACCUGUAGCCAUAGUGACCUGGAACGCUGUGAUAGUGUAGUGGGGGAUGGUAUGUGGCUGUUCCGGGAGUUUGUAUUGUACAGUCAGCAUCAGAGCUACCCAGAAUAUGUUAUAACAUAUACAAGGGAAUUAAACUGUCAUCUGUGUGUGCAUAUGUAUUUGGGUUAUUGUAUCUAUAUAGUCGCACAAGAAGAAACCCACACAAAUACUCGUGUGACACAAGGAAGUUGGAAAUUCCCAAGACUACGUUUCCCGGAAAGUACCCUACUGCAGUUGUGUGUUGUUCACAAGAUACAAUGCGGUACCACACUAGAGGUAGAUACCCAGCGGCCUGUAAGAUCUGAUAUGGUAGAUAGACAUCGGCCAGCACUCUUCAGUAGGGGGAAAUCCGACAGUACAGACCAAGAAGAUGAUGAUGAGGAAGAAUCAGCCCCUACACAAAGGAGGGUCAGAGGAAGGAGGCCUCCUAGGUUUACCACCAUUGGCAAAGUUCAGGUUACAGUCGUCAAGGGUAACAUCAUAGAAGAGUCGGUUGAUGUAAUAGUGAACAGUGCUGUGAAGGAGCUUAAACUGGAUAAAGGCAGAGCAUCAAAGUCUCUCUUGGAUGCAGCAGGUGAUUCAAUCCAGUCGGAGUGUGACAAUGAUUAUCCAGGUGGUAUCAGGUACGGUGAGCUGGCCGUAACGAAUGGAGGGAACCUCUCCUGUCAGAGGAUCUACCAUGUGUGUCUACCAAAAUGGACAGGUCCACAGGAAGAAAAGGUGAUGAAAUCACUGCUACAUAAGUGUCUUGAGAAGGCACACCUCAACAAUAGGACCUCGAUAGCAUUCCCAGCACUCGGUACUGGGUUCUUAGGGUACUCUCCUAACAUGGUCGCCCAGAUGAUGUUUCAGUGUAUAAAAGAUUUUGACAAUGCUCAUAAGUCAACGACCUUGAAAAUAAUUUAUCUUAUAAUAUUCUACAAGGACAAUAACACAUUUCAGGAAUUUGUCACAGCAGCCCGGUCCCUUGUCCAGACAGUCUCACCUGGAGCAGCAGCUAAACCAGUGCCCUUCACUGCUGGCCAAACUCAGAAAAAGAUCGGCCCCAUCCAUUUUGAGGUUGUUCUUGGUAAAAUGGCUGAACAGAAGGUAGAUGUCAUUGUGAACAGUACAUCUAAGGACCUGAAAUUAGGCCGUGGAUCUGGCCUGGCUAAGUCCCUGUUGACCGUGGCUGGCCCCGCCUUACAGACGGAGUGUGACAACUUUUACCCUAAUGGCAUCGUCCCAGGGAAACUGACCGUUACCGGGGGUUACAACCUCCCCUGUAUAAAGGUGUAUCAUGGGACGUUCACCUCAUUUUAUUCCAAGCAGACUGGAUAUAAAAGACCAGAACAGGUGCUGUUUGACUUUGUACAAGACUGUUUGAAGGAGGCUAACAACCAGGGCUACACUUCGCUUGCCUUCCCUGCCCUCGGGACAGGCCUUCUCAAGUAUCCCAAGGAUACAGUGGCUAGUACCAUAGUGGGUGGUGUACGUGAUUACGUAGAUAAUCACAGAACUAGUCUCUUAGAAGUCAAGGUUGUUGUGUUUGGACAAGAUUCAAAAGAGAUAGAACAGGCAUUUAGUGAUGAACUACAAGGAAACAAGAAAGUCCAAAAACCAGUGACGUCAGCCGUUCCUGCCAGGAACACCAAGGCCUUUCUCAAGUACAAAUGCAUGGAGAGACCCCACACACCUCCGUACUGGACCAAAUACAGAGACAACAGGAGUGUCAAGGACUGGACUGUGGAUUCCAAGUCCACCCCUACACUUGUGGCAGUGGAUCAGCAGACACGCACCUCCAUUGAAACUGCCUUUAAAAAUACUGGGAUGGCAUCACACAGUGUUGUUAAAAUAGAGAGGUUGGAGAAUGUUAAAUUACUAGAGAAAUACCUCUAUAUGUGUCAGCUUCUGUUCGGACAGGCUUACGUUAUGGCUGGUUUUAAGGCAUUGAAAGAUGUACCUGGAUCUAGCGGACCGGCUGUUUCCUCAAAACAUCUUGAUAAAUCAAUGACACAAUACCUUAACGAGGAAAUCAAUGAAACAUAUUUGUUCCAUGGCACCAAAAGUCCUUAUGUGACAACCAUCACACACCAAGGUCUGGACAAUCGUUUGGCUCAAGCCGGUCGAGUCGGAAGCGGGGUUUAUGCAGCAGAGCUGGCUUCAAAGUCCUGCCAGUAUGUAGAUCGGGACAGCCAGGGCCACAGCUAUAUGUUCCUUUUGAGGAUGUGCCUGGGAGAUAUCUUCAUCACGAAGCAGGGAAACAGCUUCAAGCGGCCUCCGUGCAAGACCUGUAGUGCAGCGGUCUGUCACCAACAUACAGAGGUCUACACAUCGGUAGUUGCUGACGGUGGAGGAUUUGGAAGUCGUGAAUUUGUGGUGUACGACCAAGAUCUAACCUACCCAGAGUACCUAAUAACCUACAAAUAAUGUGCAUGAUCCAUGAUGGAUAUGUAGUACAACAAUGCUUUAUCGCUUUUGUUUACUUUUUCAGCAUGACUGUUCAUCUAUUUGUCUGUCACAUGGUCAAUAAGCUUUGAAAACUUAACACUAGUCAAAUUUUUUAACUGUACAACUUGUAAAUUGUUAUUUACUUUACAAUUUCAAAGGUGAACUUUGCCUUGUUCCAUAUACGGAAAGAAACUGUAUGCUAUCAAUUAAACACCCCUUAAGAAUUUCAUAUGAAAUGGUAAGCAAAACAAUGUCAGAAACAUGUUGAUCAUCUGUUACAGCUGAAACAUAAUUAAAGACCUAACGAAUAAAUUCAUUGCAGAUCAUGUUUGCAAUUUCAUGAAUAACAAAUAACCAUACUUGUCAACUUUUUGAAAUUGAGGGAGAUUACAUGUGCUCAAAUUUAAAAACACAAGUAAAAUGUGAAAUACCUAGUAGGGAAAAAUAACACUUUUUGAGCUGUUAAUUUAGAUGAAAUCAUCAGAUCUUAGAAAUAGGAAUAGGUUAGCAAUUCACUAGCUAAAAGGCUCAUUUUUGGGGUCCAAAUAUGGGAAUCUCCCUCCAAAAUAGGACAAGUUGUCAAGUAUGAGUAACAAACAAUACCCUGGUGAUCAAUAAAUUUGUACUUGUCGGAUUGAAGUCUCCAUUUGGAGCAUUCCUACUGCACAUACACCAACCUCCAACGACAGCUAUCACAUAAUUUUACUCUCUUUUUUUUGGAUCAAGUUUCUCGAAAUGUGUAUGGAACAAUUUGAACCUAUUUUUCACACCUUAGAAUAAAUGUGAGGAGUUAUGGUUAUUUGCCUUUUUCAUUAUGUAUCAAUUAUUUUACACAAAUAUCAUAUUUUCUACUCCAGUGCAGAAGAUAAAGUUGCAAAUAUAUUGUAAAAUAUCUGUUUGAAUGUCCUUGUAUUUUGACACUAUGAUAUAUUUUGUCAUAGUGUGUUGAUGCUGUUGUAUAUAUUUUGUCCUUGUGUGAUCUGUAUUAUGUUUUGCCCUUGUGUGCUGACGCUGUGGUAUAUUUUGUCUUGUGUAUUCUUGGAAAAUUGUAGAAUUAGACCAUCUUUGACAGAGCUUGCUCCGAUUUUUAAUGCAUAUCUAUUAAGAAUAAAUGCUUUGGUGACUGAAGAUAUAGAGCCGUGAACACAAGGAUUUUGUUUAUACAUGGAUUGAACAUUUACGAUUUGGAGAUGUGAGAGUAUCUAAUAUUGCCCAUGAUGCCAAUUUUCUAACAACCUGAUCUUCUGUAAAAAAGAUAUCGAAAAGUAUAAUUGUACCGAUUACUAGCUUCAAGCUUUGCUUUUGAACUAUUCAGUUUAUUUCUAGCCAUCCAACAAAUAUUCCAGUGUUUUAGUCCAUCUGUCAUUAAAUAUAAAAACAUACAAAUUAUUUAAAAUAGUAAUUGUUGUUGCAUUGCCAGAUUGUUUAAGAUGGCAUACAUACAUGUUUGCUAGACUAUGACAUCAUUAUAGAAGUAAGUCUGUACUAGGCUACAGUGCAGUUUUUUGUUGCAGAAAAUAUUUUAUGCAUGUCAUAAUAUAGAUCAAUUUGCCUACAUGCAUUUGUAGAUUUUUUAACAUGGUGCAUUUUCAGUUUUUAAUUGCAGAUAAUAUUACAGGUCAUAUUUUAACAUUAAUCAAAUUUUAGCUGUAUCACACAAUUGUCCUAUGAAUUAGUGAGGAAAUAAAUGACUAUACAGUAUGUAGGAUCAGUCCAGUAGUAUUACAUAUUUAUAUUUGUAUAAUGGACAUUUUAUCCCGACCUUUUCUUUAUCCUUGGUGUACUUGAACUGUAUAUAUCGGACAUGACGUGUACUUUGUGGAGAAUCCUAUUUUUCUGUGUAACCUAUUGUACAUCUAUUUCUACUUAUUUUUACCUCAAAAUGUUUGAAUAUUUUCUUGUCUUUGGAUGGAAAUAUCGAGUCUUUUGUGUUUUUGACUGGCUUUGUCCUAAGUGGUGUAAAAAGGAGUUAUUAUGUUUGUACAGUAAAACCUUAUAGUUUGUCCAAUAUGACAAAAUCAGACCUGUCUUAUCGGAUAUUACUUUUAAACCUGCCUUAUCAGACUCUGUACAGUAAGAUAGUCUGUAUAAUCAGACAUAAGAGCAACCUGGCCUCAUAAUUACAAUACAUAACCCAAAUUGUGCUUUCUUUAAUCUGAAUUUAUUAACAAUUUCAUUUAUAAGCCCAUGCCUGGUUAUAAGCCCACCCAUUAGUCAGAUAGAGUUUAGUAGAAAUACUAACAAAUGCUUUUUCAUUGUCCAGCAAAACCCCCAGAACAUUUUGAAUCAGUUUAUUUGUUGCCCCAUGGGCUUAUUGCAUGCAGGAUAAACAUGGUAGCCCGUCUAUAAAGGCCACCUGCCCAGCGUAGCCCGUCUAUAAAGGCCACCUGUCCAGCGUAGACCGUCUAUAAAGGCCACCUGUCCAGCAACACUUUUUUUGCUGUGGGACAGUCUCCAUACACAGGUAUCACAGUAUUCCUUUAACUGCGAUACUUUUUUUUAUAAUAUUCCAAGAUCUACGGGACAAGGUUUUAACAACUUUUUGUCAUCUUAUUACACUAUUGAACUGUACACAAUUUUGUGAAGAAUUUACAUAUAUCCUUUUCCAUUUACAUUAAACAUAUUAUGUCAUAAUGUGCAAUAUAUAUUUUCAUUAGUACAUCAAUUUUACAGGUUUUUUAAAAAUUUGGUGAACAAUGUUUGCAACUUCAAAUAAAAUAGAAUAUCAUACAAGCCAACAGUUUAAAGAUUUUUUGUUCAAAUUGGUGUUUUAAUCUUUUUUGUCUUUCAAGGUAGUGUAUACACAUAUGUAUGUACGGUUUCAAAUGUCAUUGUGCCAGUGCAUGAAAUGUUUUUAAGCUUUACUUCUGUAUUAAAGAAUAUCUCUAAUGAAAACUAAACUAGAACUGUAAGCCAAAGGCUAACUCAUCAAAAUAUAUGAUCAUGCUUAUAAAAAGAUCACAGUGGUGCGAAAUUUUAUAAAAGUCUGUUAAAAAUAUAAUC